CUCAAAGCCAGGACGCCCUAGAAAAGGGAGAGCCCAGGAGGAGCCAAGCCCGGCAGAAACAGAGUGGAUGUCCGAGCAGCCGCUCACCUGACGGGCUGUGUGAUCGGCUCUCGUCACCGACGUCGGCCCCCUGCGUCCAGCGGCAAGUCAGAAGGAUGGGCAGGUGCAAGACCAGAGAUGGGCUGGGGGAUAGAAGAGAGAGCCACUUCCCUGCUUCAAGGCUGUUGAGAACCAAGAGGAUAGAGGAAGUCACUGCCACACACACACAAUUCCUGUUUCAGAGCUUGACAAGCGGACACUCUUGUGAAAUAGUUCCAGUCAAGGAGAGCGGAUGUCUUCCAAGGAAGAGAUGCAGCUACUUGUAUCUGUUUGUUUAGUUUUAACAAGACAAGUGCUGGUCUCUCUUCCCAGAAAACCGGGACCAGCUCAUUGCCAGGGUCUGCUGACCCCAGACUCCAGCAGCAGAGGGCGAAUGGGUUCUGAUCACAGGUUGCUUCAUCUGGGCCUGCAACAACGUCUCCUCUCCUCUCACAAGCCCAAACAACCCCUGAGUCACAGCUUCUGACUCCCAGGGCUGUGGGAAACACCUCAGGGGGCAGGAGGAACAAACCCCGAGAGGGUUAAAAAGGAAGAAAUGCUAAUGGAAUUUGCUUUGUGGAACUCGGAAAAUGCUGGUUUAGGGUUGCAGGAUGUCGAUAGAAUUGUGGUCUCUGGUCAGACGUUUUGCAAGAGACUUAAGAGCCAACUGCUGGAUAGAUCUGCAAAGGGUAGAACCAGGGUGCAAGAUGGAUACUGCACACAGGAAAGGCUACAUUUAGACACAAGGAAGAACUUCCUGGCAGGACGGGGGCUUGGACUGUCAAACUGCAAUCCUGGGAAGAGCUGGCAGAAUACGUUUUUCCAAGUCUGGAAUUCAGUCCUCCAGGGAGAGUGUGAAAGAUGAGAAAAAUAUCCAGGAGGUGUUCGACCUGAGUGACUAUGAGAAGUGUGAAGAGCUCCGGAAAUCCAAGAGCAGGAGCAAGAAGAAUCAUAGCAAGUUCACUCUUGCCCACUCCAAACAGCCCGGGAACACGGUGAGACACCACCUCUAAAACCCUCGCUGAAACAAGAAUCUUCCCUCACAGGCACCCAACCUGAUCUUCCUGGCAGUGAGUCCAGAAGAGAAGGAAUCAUGGAUCAAUGCCCUCAACGCUGCGAUCACCCGGGCCAAGAACCGCAUCUUGGAUGAGGUCACGGUUGAAGAGGACAGCUAUCUCGCCCACCCCACUCGAGACAGGGCAAAAAUCCAACACUCCCGCCGCCCACCGACUCGGGGACACCUCAUGGCCGUGGCUUCCACCUCUACCUCGGACGGGAUGCUGACCUUGGACCUGAUCCAGGAGGAAGACCCCUCCCCUGAGGAACCGACCUCUUGUGCUGAGAGCUUUCGGGUCGACCUGGACAAGUCGGUGGCCCAGCUCGCAGGCAGCCGGCGGAGAGCGGACUCAGACCGGAUCCCGCCCUCCUCCGACCGGGCCAGCGGCCCCCCUCGACCUUGGGAAAAGCCAGGCAAGGGGGCCACCUACACCCCCCAGGCACCGAAGAAGUUGACCCCCACAGAGAAAGGCCGCUGUGCCUCCUUGGAGGAGAUCCUGUCUCAGCGGGACGCGGCCCCAGCCUGCACCCUCCAGCUGCGGGCCGAGGGGCCCCUACCCCUCGCCCCCCCACACCCGGGGCAGCUGUCCCGGAUCCAGGACCUGGUAGCAAGGAAACUGGAGAAGACUCAGGAGCUGCUGGCGGAGGUUCAGGGACUGGGAGACGGGAAGCGAAAGGCCAAGGACCCGCCUCGGUCUCCUCCUGAUUCUGAGUCCGAGCAGCUGCUGCUGAAGACGGAGCGGCUGCUGGGAGAGGCGUCUUCGAACUGGAGCCAGGCCAAGCGGGUGCUGCAGGAGGUCAGGGAGCUGAGGGACCUCUACAGACAGAUGGACCUGCAGACCCCCGACGCCCACCUCAGACAGACUGCCCCGCACAGCCAGUACCGGAAGAGCCUCAUGUGAAGGAAGGGGACAGGGUCUGGAACUUGGGAGGGUGGGGGCACAGACUCUGAUCUCCAAGUGUUGCAGGAGAAAGCUUUUUUAUUUACCUCAGUUAAAAAAAGGAAACAAAACACAA